AUGAACGGCGACAGCUAUUCAUCUCGAGCAGAUGGGGGGCGAAGAAACCGAGAUUAUCCUGGCCCGAGAGGCGACAGGGAUGAUCGCCGCGACCGUCACAGAGACCGCGACCGCCGACGCUCUCGAUCACCGGAUCAUCGUGGACACCGUCGAGGAGAUGACGGCGAUGCAUACUCGUCAAGCCGCAACCACCGUGACCGAGAGCGCGAGGACAGAUAUUCAUCAGCGCGCGACCGUCGAGGCGAUCGGGACUGGGACCGUGACCGUGGCUCCUACCGCCGAGAUGCUCGACGUGACGACGAUGACAGACCCAGCCGACGAGAUCGAGACCCCUACGAUGACCGCCGACGGGGAGGCCGAGAGCGGGACAGGCGUGAUGAUGCCUUCAUAAAGCAAGAGCAGGCGCGCCGCAGUCCGUCGCCCCCCAAGAAACGAGAACCCACUCCUGACCUGACGGACGUCGUUCCUAUUCUCGAGCGCAAGCGACGCCUGACGCAGUGGGAUAUCAAGCCUCCUGGCUACGACCUCGUGACGGCUGAGCAGGCCAAGCUCUCCGGCAUGUUCCCUCUGCCGGGAGCCCCUCGUCAGCAGCCGAUGGACCCCACGAAGCUGCAAGCCUUCAUGACCCAGCCCGGUGGCCAGGUUAGCAGCGCCGGUCUGAAAGCUAGCAACUCUCGACAGGCCAAACGUCUGCUGGUCUACAACGUCCCCAGCGGUGUAACUGAAGAGGCUCUGAUUGCGUUCUUCAACCUCCAGCUGAACGGCUUGAACGUCAUUGAGACCCCUGACCCCUGCGUCCUCUGCCAGUUUUCUUCAGACAAAACGUUCGCCGUGGUGGAGUUUCGGAAUGCAUCUGACGCAACCGUUGCGCUCGCACUUGAUGGCAUUACCAUGGAGGCUGAUGAUGCGCAAAACGGCACCGCUAAUGGCGGCAGUCACGGCUUGGACAUUCGCAGACCCAAGGACUAUGUCAUGCCCGGCAUUCCAGACGAUAUCCCCUACGACCCUGAGGUCAUCUCCAACGUCGUUCCUGAUACCGUACACAAGCUGUGCAUCACCAACAUCCCCACCUUCCUCAACGAGGAACAGAUCAUUGAACUCCUCGCCGCAUUUGGCAAACCCAAAUCAUUCGUCCUGGUAAAGGAUCGGAGUACCGAAGAGUCCAGGGGCAUCGCAUUCACCGAGUAUCUCGACCCGUCUUCAGCCAACGAGCCUGCGCUUAACAGCCUCAACGGAAUGGAUGUUGCCGGUAAGAAGCUUAAGGUGACAAAGGCCAGCAUUGGGCCUACCCAGGUGGCCAACUUCGACGUGGGCAUCACCGCCAUCAGCGGCCUUGCUUCUCAAACGUCCAAUGACAUUGAGAGAAGCUCCGUCAUUCAGCUCCUCAACAUGGUCACGCCCGAGGAGCUCCUGGACAACGAUGAUUACGAAGAAAUCUGUGAAGAUGUCCAGGACGAGUGCUCCAAGUUUGGCAAGGUUGUUGAGCUCAAAGUCCCCAGACCGACUGGCGGUAGCAGGCAAUCCGCCGGCGUGGGCAAGAUAUUCGUCAAGUUUGACUCCGUGGAGUCGGCCACCAAAGCUCUCACAGCUCUUGCUGGCAGAAAGUUUGCCGACCGA